AUGACGCGGCGGCGUCUCAUCUUGAACUCAAACUUCGAGAAUUGUGAAGUGAAUAUGGGACAGCAACAAUCUCAACCAAAUAAGAAGCAGCAAGGCGGUGAUAAAGACAAGCAACAAAAGCGCUGGGAGCCACCUGUGCCUACAAGAACUGGCAAGAAAGCUAAGAGAGGUCCUUCCGCCAUUACUAAACUUCCAACCGUCAAUCCAACUACAAGAUGCAGAUUGCGUCUUCUCAAGCAGGAGCGUAUAAAGGAUUACUUAUUGUUGGAGGAAGAAUUUAUUAGGAACCAGGCCAUCCUUAAGCCCUCAGCUUCUGAAGAGGAUCCUCACUCAGAAGAGCGUACCAAACUCGAUGAAUUACGUGGUCUUCCUAUAGCCAUCGGUACCCUUGAAGAAAUCAUCGACGAUGAGCACGCUAUCAUAACUACUGCCACCGGUCCAGAGCAAUACGUUAUGAUACUAUCCUUCGUAGACAAAGACUUGUUGGAACCUGGCUGCUCCGUUCUCCUCCACAACAAGAACAUGGCAGUCAUUGGUGUCUUGGCAGACGACCAGGACCCUACUGUUAGCGUCAUGAAGCUCGACAAAGCUCCACAAGAAUCUUACGCUGAUAUUGGUGGUUUAGAUCAACAAAUACAAGAAAUCAAAGAGGCAGUUGAACUACCUCUCACUCACCCUGAGCUUUACGAAGAAAUGGGUAUCAAACCUCCAAAGGGUGUUAUUCUUUAUGGUCAGCCUGGUACUGGUAAGACGUUACUGGUUAAAGCAGUUGCACACCAGACAUCUGCCACUUUCCUCCGUAUUGUUGGCUCAGAGUUGAUUCAAAAGUAUCUAGGUGAUGGUCCAAAGUUGGUCAGAGAGUUGUUCAAGGUAGCCGAGGAGAAUUCGCCAUCAAUUGUCUUCAUCGAUGAGAUAGACGCAGUUGGUACAAAGAGAUACGACAGUCAGUCGGGUGGUGAGAGAGAGAUUCAGAGAACUAUGUUGGAAUUGCUUAAUCAACUCGAUGGUUUCGAUACAAGAGGCGAUGUCAAGGUUAUCAUGGCUACUAACAAGAUUGAGACUCUCGAUCCUGCUCUCAUUAGACCGGGUAGAAUUGACAGAAAGAUUGAAUUCCCAUUACCCGAUAUCAAGACCAAGCGUCACAUUUUCAAAUUACACACGUCGAGAAUGAACCUCAGUGAAGAUGUCGAUCUGGAAGAAUAUGUUAUGGCCAAGGAUGACCUCUCAGGUGCCGAUAUCAAGGCCGUUGCUACUGAAGCUGGUUUGCUGGCUCUGAGAGAGAGACGAAUGAGAGUAACGAAGAAAGACUUCGACAGCGCCAGAGAGCGUGUUCUUUACCAGAAGCAAGACAAUGGUCCUGCUGGUUUAUACUUGUAG